AUGGCAGCCGCCACGGACGAUCGGACCUCAAUAUCCAAGGACGUCCACGAUGAAAAGGUCGGGGGUGACUUAGAGGCUGGGGCGGGGCCUCUCGGCCUGAAACCUGAAGAAAGCAAUCUAAUGCCUGGAGUAUCUCCAUCGCACACAGUACGAGGAUUUCCUGGCCAGGGCUUUGCUCAAGGGCGGACCUCUAGCACAGCUGCUGUCUUGUCUCGACGCAUGGAAAGCAACACAUUCAUAGGACGCGUGCAUCCGUCAAUGCAGCAAUUCGCCCCUGUCAGAGGAGCUGGAGACAUACACCUUCGGACUCCACUGUCAGAUGAGAUGGGUCGCAGUGCCCAUCUAGCGCAUGCACUCGGCCUUGAGGAAGACGACCAGCUCCGGCAUGUCGACCGGAGUCAAAAAGCAGGUUCUGAAGGAGGAGGCGAGUCAGGGGUAGAACCUGAGCGCGACUAUUUGACCCCAGAACUGGGAAGGUUCGAACGUUUCAUCUUCAACAUGCAAAAGUAUUUGUGUGAAUUCUUUGCAGCGAUGGUCAUCGUUACCGCAGUUGCCUUUGGUUUAGCGAAAGAAGGCGGCGCUCAGGCAGCGCCGCUGUCCAUCACCAGUACCAUUUUUGCCUUGAUUACGCUGUUUAAGGAUAUCAGCGGCGCACAUUUCAAUCCAGCGGUAUCGUGUACAAUUUAUCUGACAGAUCCACGUUUCACGCUGUUAGAUCUGGUAAGUUACAUAGCCGCUCAACUGAUAGGCGGAACAGUAGGCGCGUUUGUUGGAUACGGAAUAAUGGGGAAGGCCCUGGAUAUCCUCCCUUUAGAUCCGGGUAUGAGCGCCGGCCGCCAGCUGUUCCACGAAGUGAUUCCUACGAUGGUCAUGAUCUACGCUGUCCUUGUCCUCGUUUUCGGGUACGGGGUGAUGUGGGAGUUGACGGUUCCCUUCGUUGUCAGUGCGUGCGUCCUGGCGGGGGCUUUAGCCGGGGCGACGAUGAACCCAGCCGUCACGUUCGGUAUUUUUAUUUCAAACAUUUGUACAGCUAAUUCAAACAUCGAUGUUGGCGCACUUCUGGUAACUUUAUUUGGACCGUUUUUGGGUGCCAUGUUUGCGUUCGUGGGUUAUGUUGCGACACAUGCCUACCACAAUCCUAUCCCGCUACGCUUUUUGAACUUCAAGGGGCUCUGA